UGUGUUGGGGGGAUGGGGCCGUGCCGAGGAUGAGAGACUCCAAAUAUUUACCACUUGGCUAACUAAAUAUCUUUAUUUCCGAACUGGGCUUCCUCCCUCGCUCUUGUACAUAUAACUACUUUUCGACCACGCAUGAGUUUCGGUGGAUUUUGGCCCAAAUAAAGUGGAGUAUCUGUACGUCCACGACACACGCUUAAAAAGUCGACAAAAUGUAUUCCUCUGCUGGAGCCACCGAGAUGCAAGAGGGACCCCGUUCCUCUGGGUCAAUAAGCUCUGACCCGCCCUCUUCCCCAGUGCCAGAAUAUGUGUUCAAGCCACCAUCACGGCCGGACUUUGGCACCAUGGGCAGGACAAUCAAACUCCAGGCCAACUUCUUUGAGAUGGAAAUCCCCAAACUGGAGGUCUACCAUUAUGACAUCGACAUCAAGCCUGAGAAAUGCCCCAGAAGGGUUAACCGGGAAAUCGUGGAGCACAUGGUCCAGCACUUUAAAACACAAAUCUUUGGUGAUCGAAAGCCAGUGUAUGAUGGGAGGAAGAAUCUCUACACUGCCAUGCCCCUGCCCAUAGGCAGAGACAAAGUGGAGCUCGAGGUAACCAUUCCUGGUGAAGGCAAAGACCGCAGCUUCAAAGUCUCCAUCAAGUGGGUGUCCUGCGUUAGCCUGCAAGCGCUGCACGAGGCACUAUCAGGGCGGCUACCCAGCGUUCCCUUUGAGACCGUCCAAGCCUUGGAUGUGGUCAUGAGACAUUUGCCCUCUAUGAGGUAUACCCCGGUGGGCCGCUCUUUCUUCACUCCCUCAGAGGGAUGUUCGAACCCGCUCGGGGGCGGCAGAGAGGUGUGGUUUGGCUUCCACCAGUCUGUCAGGCCUUCCCUUUGGAAAAUGAUGCUCAACAUCGACGUUUCUGCCACUGCAUUCUACAAAGCCCAGCCGGUAAUUGAGUUCAUGUGUGAGGUCUUGGAUUUCAAAAGCAUUGAAGAACAACAGAAGCCCUUAACAGACUCUCAACGAGUGAAAUUUACUAAGGAAAUCAAAGGCCUGAAGGUGGAGAUCACUCACUGUGGGCAGAUGAAGAGAAAGUACAGAGUGUGCAACGUCACCAGAAGACCAGCCAGCCACCAAACGUUCCCCCUGCAGCAGGAGAAUGGCCAAACUAUUGAAUGCACAGUGGCACAGUACUUCAAAGACAAGUACAAGCUCAUCCUGAGAUACCCCCACCUCCCAUGUCUACAGGUGGGACAAGAGCAGAAGCACACCUACCUACCCCUAGAGGUGUGUAACAUAGUGGCAGGACAGCGCUGCAUCAAAAAGCUGACAGACAAUCAAACCUCCACUAUGAUUCGUGCCACAGCCCGCUCGGCACCAGACCGUCAGGACGAGAUUAGUAAAUUGAUGAGAAGUGCCAACUUCAACACCGACCCUUAUGUUCGUGAAUUUGGAGUGAUGGUUCGGGAUGAGAUGACGGAAGUGAAUGGUCGCGUACUACAAGCACCCUCCAUUCUGUAUGGAGGCAGGAACAAAGCAAUAGCAACACCAAUCCAGGGAGUAUGGGACAUGAGGAACAAGCAGUUCCACACUGGCAUUGAGAUCAAAGUGUGGGCCAUCGCCUGCUUUGCACCGCAGAGGCAGUGCACUGAACUCCUGCUCAAAGCAUUCACAGAUCAGCUGAGGAAGAUCUCAAGGGAUGCAGGGAUGCCCAUUCAGGGUCAGCCUUGCUUCUGUAAAUACGCCCAAGGAGCGGACAGCGUGGAGCCCAUGUUCAGGCACCUCAAGUACACCUACCAGGGCUUGCAGCUGGUGGUUGUCAUCCUACCGGGAAAGACGCCCGUCUACGCUGAGGUGAAACGUGUCGGGGACACGGUACUCGGCAUGGCCACGCAGUGUGUGCAGGUGAAGAAUGUUCAAAAGACAACACCUCAGACCCUCUCCAACCUCUGUCUCAAGAUCAACGUCAAGCUGGGCGGUGUCAAUAACAUCCUCCUCCCGCAGGGCAGGCCGUUGGUCUUCCAGCAGCCAGUGAUCUUCCUCGGGGCAGAUGUGACUCAUCCGCCUGCAGGAGAUGGAAAAAAACCAUCCAUUGCUGCUGUCGUAGGCAGUAUGGAUGCCCAUCCCAGCAGAUACUGUGCCACAGUGCGGGUACAGCAGCACCGCCAGGACAUCAUCCAGGACCUGGCCACCAUGGUGAGGGAGCUGCUCAUCCAAUUCUACAAGUCCACCCGCUUCAAGCCCACCAGAAUCAUCUACUACCGCGACGGCAUCUCCGAGGGCCAGUUCAACCAGAUACAGGUCCUUCAGCAUGAGUUGCUGGCAAUCCGGGAGGCCUGCAUAAAACUAGAGAAGGACUAUCAGCCUGGUAUCACUUUUGUGGUCGUGCAGAAAAGACACCACACAAGACUCUUCUGUAUGGACCGAAACGAGAGGGUUGGGAAGAGUGGCAACAUUCCUGCAGGCACCACCGUGGACACCAAAAUCACUCACCCAUCAGAAUUUGACUUCUACCUUUGCAGUCAUGCUGGCAUUCAGGGCACCAGCAGACCAUCUCAUUACCAUGUGCUCUGGGACGACAACCACUUCUCUUCAGAUGAACUGCAGGUCCUCACAUACCAGCUAUGCCACACCUAUGUGCGCUGCACCCGGUCAGUUUCCAUCCCAGCACCAGCCUACUACGCCCAUUUGGUGGCUUUCCGGGCUCGCUAUCACUUAGUGGACAAAGAACACGACAGUGCCGAGGGCAGUCAUACAUCAGGCCAGAGUAACGGGCGUGACCAACAGGCCUUGGCCAAGGCCGUUCAGAUCCACCAGGACACGCUGCGCACCAUGUACUUUGCCUGAGAGUACACAACCCCAGGUUGGCGUGGGUGAGACCGCACUGAUGGAACACACUACCCCUCGCUGUCUCACUGUCAGCUGUAGAUAGCAUCACAGUGGUUUCACAUAGUGAUCUCCCUACCUAACAGACCUGUCAGUUACCCACGUGUCGACAAUUGUACUUCAGCCCCUGACCCACCCAAAUCAAGCCAGCUAUCGGACUGUACGAUGCGAAAGGACCCCUCUUUUUUGGGGUUUGCGCCGGAAGAGGUUUAUUUACAUGUUGUGCAUUAGUGUGUGUUUGUAUUUGUUGUGGGAACAGAUGUUGCAGAGUAUGAAAGGAAAAGGAAAAGUUUGUACACUGAUAGAAGAAAUCGACCGUUUCUAAACUAGCGGGCAGUAUCAUUAUACUUUGGGGUGAUCUAUAAUUUAGAAGAAGCCGUUCACACCCCUUUUCCUGUUUCUGUUGUUUGUUAGGGUCUUGGUGCUUGAAAGGAGAAGGAUCAAAUUCAUCAGAGGAUAAGGGGGCUGUUCUCUGUUUAUAUGCCUAAAGAUUUGCUCCUCUGACAAACAUUAUUAAUCAGCCAAUCAAAGCAAAGUGCACUGACCAGAAUGGGUACUUCAAUCAGGACAAAAGUACUUAAUAUAUUGAGGGUUUGCGUGUGAUUUUUCACAUAGGGCACUAUGUGAUGAAAAGUGCCAUUUGAGACCACCUUUCUGUUGUCUGUUUAAAAACUAUGAAUUAUUAGGCCCACAUCUGGUGGGUUUUUCAGUAUUUGUCCUUGAUUGACACUGACGACCAUUUUUAUGCCAAAUCUGGUGACAAUUUACAAAAAGGAUUCCUUGCAUCAGAUUUGUUAUUAACCCUUGAACCAACACUUAGUUUAUUCUAGAUGAGGGCUUUUAGUUCAAAUAGAGAUUGAACAAACAGCAUCCCUCUCUGCCUCUCGUUAGUCUGAACUGAAAUAGUUUCACCAGUAACCCCAUUCCCAUGCCGAGACUUAAUUGGGACCGGUUCCCAACAUGGACACCUUUCUUAUGUAGUCUGAGCCGUGUUGAUAAAAGACACAUGAUAUAGAAAUCAACAUAGAGGGGAACUUGAUGAAAUCUUUUUUUUUUUCCCCCCUUCUGUUUUUAUAGUAAUUUAAUUUCAAUCAGUUUUGUAAUGAAUAUGCAUGUAGCUGACUCAUGUUUUAGACAUUUAGGCAUUUGUGAUAAUUGUUUAUUUCUUCCUUUAUACACAUUAACCCUACUUCUGUGUUUUAAUGUAUAUAGCAGCGGGAUAGUGUUUUCUGCAGCGUCGUUGUCAGAGCGGGAUGUUUGUGUGGCGUCUCGAUAUCCAGGCAUUCGGUACAGUGGAGUGAAAGCUGCAACAUUUCUAACUGAUUUAAAGUCCCUUAAAAAAAUAGUGUUUGCUCCAUGAAUUGGGAGCAGUUGUCGCACAAACGCUUGGGUUUUAUGCAAAUGACUUUUUGUGAGUCUUUAUACUAUAUAGUAAUGUUGGUAAUAAGGUAUAUUUUGAAUAAGCUUUCAGUGGAGGCUGCUGAAAAUAGUUUUUUUUAACAACUGGCCCACAUGUAGUCUAAAUUAACACUGUCUAUUUGUAUACAGAUUUUAAAUGCAAAUAUUCUCUUGCCUUCUAAGACUUUUACGGUCUUACUAAUAAUUUUAGACAUUUCCUAACAUCCCAUCUGAGUUUUACUACUAAGUUAAGCUGGCGAAUGUUCUCAUAGUCUUGAUUGGAGGCGAGUAGUCUAUAUUUUCUAACUAUGCAUCAUUUUUAACCAAGAGAUUUAGCAGUGGGGUAUCUCAAAUGAAUUUGGGUCAUUUAUAGAAGUAGAUAAUCAGGGCUUUUUUUUUGUUUUUGUUAUUGUUUUUUUAGCAUGUUGCAUUUAGUAGCGUUUCUUAGUGCUUAUCAGCGUCUUCAUACCUUUCUAACGGGAUGAAGUAUUUAUGUGGUCAUUUGUAAAAUUGUAGAUUUUAUAGCCUAUAAAAAUUUGGUGUAUCCUUUGUAAACAUACAAUCUUUCUUAGCCAAACAAGAUUACAAACUUUUACAUGAUUAAUAUUCAAAAAGACAUGGAAGCACAAAAAGGACAUUCUAGGUGCUAGAAGUUUUCACUGUAAACCACCUUAAAUCCUCACUGGACUGGUCAACGAGGCUUUUUAACAUGUACGCUAGAAAAAAAAAAAAAAAAGAUGCUUCAUCAUUUUGAGGAUCUUUGCUCUCCCUAUGACGACCUCUCUGUGUUACCCUUUUUACUCAUUUACCUGUAAAGCAACUAGAAAUCCGACUGACUGUGUUUGUGGGGCAUUCUGAAAAAUCACGUACUUGAUAUUUACUGUUAUGAUGUCAAUAUUGUUCUUAUCGGUGCUGGUCUCACAACAUGUAAAUUUGGAUGCACUUUCGAUAGCAGAACGUUGGUAUGACUUCUAUAGAUGCGUGUUUCUCAAUCGAAGCGGGAGGCUCAGCCAUAUUGCGUGACACUGGUGUAAUUGUAUGGAAAUGGCCGUGUGUUCUACCUCCUGUUACCUGUUAAAGUGUUAUGGUAACAUCACACUGCGGGCCAUUUCUGUAUAAUUACCCCUGCUAUCUAUCUAAUUGGCAUUGUUUGAGUCUUGCAUUGACAGUAGAGGUUCAAAACGCUUGGUGUGCAUGAUGGUGAACGCGCUUUCUCAGUUUAUGUAGUUGUGUGAUGUUUUAUUUCAUAUUUUACUCAAACAGAUAAGCGAGAAUGUUUUUCUCUUUUACUUUUCGGGGUUUUGAGCGUUGAGCUGUACGACCAAAUUCUUGAAGUGUGUUUGUAUUCACACACAGCUUUCCCUUUUUUCUUUCCCUUCUUUAUUCUAUGCACCAGUGAAAUGACAGACUUUUCAUGACACCUUGAAUUUCCACCGUAUCAGUAGAACAACAAACGCAAAGCCCACAUCAGCUAUUGCCAAUUCUUGAGUUGGAGAAAUUGUAAAUGGAGAAAUCGUAAAUGCACCCGUAGCGGUGCUGUUAGUCAGACUGUUAAAAGUUGCUUGCAAACCAAAAACAAAGAGAACAACCUCUUCAGCCUGAAAAAAGCAUGUAUUUAAAUCCAUGUGAAGAUUUGUUUGUAAAGGUAUUGGAUUCAGGAAGGCCUUCGAUGUGUUAAACUUUAGAGUUGUUUCGAUACCUGUAUUAAAAAAAUGCCUCCAAUACUGCUUAAAAUGCCCGGUCACGUAUCAGUGAGUACACUAGCCUAAGCACCAAUCCGAUACCACGUAAUUUAUUACUAAACUUAAAAGUCGUUCCACACCUGGAUAUAAUUGCAGUUUUCCCACAAAUCAAUUCUUCUGCACUUUAAAACAGUAGCCUACACAGAAAGUUGCAAUUACUGCUUUAGAACGAACAAAAAAAGAAUUGAAUUUUGGUAAAAAGUUAAACGUUAGCCAUUGAAAAAUGUCAGCAAUAUUCACAGUAUUUAAUCGAGGUGGGAAUCAGAAGAGCUCACAAGAUACAAUGUUAUAAAGAUUCUUAAGUUGUGAUAUAAUAUUAAACAUGUAGCAAAUUAUGUCUCCAAAGAAAACCUCUGUUUCAUUUAAGUGUCCAGUUUAUCGCACAGCAGUAUUUUUAUUGCAGCAGAUUGUUUCUAAUUGACUGAAAAAGCAUUUGAUUUGAUUAUUCUAGUAGGCUACCAAAAGUUUGUGUUUGUAAUAUUAAUAAUUUAUAUAAUUAAAAGUUUAAUUGGUGCAGUGUAUCGCUACAAUAUUGUCAUGCUAAAAUAUCACAGUACUAUGGUGCAUCGAUUUUUUUCCCACCACUAAAUUUUUUUCUGGUAAUGCAACCAGUAAAAAGAUAAGGUGAACACUUCGCAGGGUUUUAGUUUCAGGGUUAGUGGUAUACAGCUGUUAAUAAUUUUAUUUUUUUAAAUCAGUGGUAUCGAAUUGGUACUUGGUAUUGAGCGAUUAGCAAGUUUGGGUAUUGGAAUCGGUAUCAGGAGGCCAAAAAGGGUAUCGGAACAACUCAUCACAGAACUUUGUAUAUUUCCUGGUUAAAUGCCGUCAUGUACAAGUGUGAUUUUCUGUAGUAUUUUAUGGAGACUGAUGUCAAUUUUUAGCCCCGUUGUUGAGUCCGUGUUUGGAAAUUUCAUGUAUGUGAAAGUGGGGAAAGUGAAGGGGUGUCCUAAAUGAUAGUGUGCUGCAAUUCAGAACAUCUAGUUGUCUUUUUGGGAGAUGGCUUUGUGCUCGUUGUUACUGCUCCUUUCGUGUUUUACAUUACUUUAUACCAGCACCUUAACAUAGCAGAUCAGAACGGCAUUAUUUUUCCUGGAGACAAAAACUCCAACAUUUGACGAUGUUUUUGCACUAAACAAGAAUGGACUUUUGUAGCUGUUGGAGCAUUAAGAGUAUUUAUGAGGUGGAAAACUGGCAACCCUUUUUUUUAAAUUUAGAAAGGAGCAGUGGGCAUUGGUGGCAUUUCAAAAAUAGGCACAGUCAACAGGCUUGAGGGCCUCAGGGUGUGCGCUUGCCAUUCAGAAAGCCACGCCUGCUGAUCAAAGAGGGAUUCAACAUAGCUAACCAGCAUUCAGCACGUCGUCUUUGAGAAAAAGCCCAAUGCCUUUUAAACGUUAAAACGGAGUGAAACUCGUGGUGUAGGUGUGUUGCCUUUGUACAGCGAUGUGGGAGAAAGGUGCUUUAUGCAAAACAAACUGACAGGUGCUGAAAUUGAGCUGAUGAGCAAUGGACAAUAAGAUUUUUGUAGAGGCAUGGAUGCCAAAGGAGUGUGAGAUUAGAGCGCACGGAAGGUUUGACACGGUCACGUAGAAAAAAUGCUUAAAGUAAGGCCUGUUUUUACCUGAUAUAAACAUGCAUUUUGGGGAAUCCAAACAAAAGUGGACAGCCGAGGCGCAUCGCAGUUCACACUUGAGACUGCCACGCGUCUCCUUAGCUGAUGGCUUGUGUUCAGGUUUUGUUACCACCUUUGUAAAUUAUGCUAAAAGAUCAAAUGGCCCUGCAAAGCGAUGCACGAUAAUAUCCGCUCGGUAUAGGUGUCUGCAGAUAUUGGCUUUAAAAUGAAACUUUGGAAUGGGCCAACAUGCUGAUUUCUGCCAAUAUGACACAUUUCUUAUUAUAGACAGAGUGAACAUGUACAAAACAUCAACCCUGAGUGGAAGUAUUUUUCUCAUUUUGCACAGUAAGUGAAUAUUACAUACAUAAAAAAAGCAUUGUAUUUAAUGUAUCGAUCUGCUGGUGAGUCCCCAAGAUAAGAUUAUGCAUAAUAUGAUGUUAAUUCCCACUCGAAGAGACUUGAUGAUCACUUAAAUUAGAUGGGGGGGAAAAAGUGGAUGUCUAUCAGUUAUGGGCCAAAUGAGGUGUUGUAUAUUGGCAUAUGGGAUAUCGGCAGGACGUUUAUGCAUUUGUUUUUGCGUUCGUUCUCUGGGGAAAAGAAAAUAUUUCCCGAAUGCCUAAAUUCAAAACUAAAUACCCACCCAAUUGAUAAAUACUCAAAUAGCUGAAUAUUUGGGUCCAGCUCCACUCAAUACCCUAGUAUACCAUAAUACUGUGAUAGCAGCCGUGUUAAACGUGGCCAAAUACAUCCCAGACAACCUCGACGAGUGGUUGUAGUGAUCGGAUUAUGUCUUUGUGGUCGUUUACGCUUUGUGGUCCGCUUGCGAUCUCCUCAAGACGCACACUGGUAUCAGGUAUAAACAGGCUCUUUGUGUUAGACAUUACCUGGGACAAUACAUAUCAAGAUUCAGAAGAGGCAUUUCCUUUUUACCUAAGACUGUUUGAUCAAAAUGACCUAAAUCAAGAAUGUGUAUGGAACAAACAAGCUAAUACACCAGCCUGGAUGAAUGUGGCACUACUUUACCAGUUUAAUGGUGCUUAGUUAGGCUGUCAAAACCCCUGCAGUGGUAACCUUACUGACAUUACUUCACCUCAGUUUGGCAAUUUUUUUGUAUCUUUUCAAGAGUCCAAAACUGGGACAAAGCAGAUUGUUGAAAUGACUGGUUUGUAAACUUCAUGGCAUAUCAUAAGCUAAUUUAAUCAAUCUGUCAGUUUUAUUUUCUCAAUACUGGGUUUUUCUUUUGUACCUGUGUUCAAAUGUAGGGAUGGAAGAGGCUAAGAUAAAAAAUUCCUCAAAGUGUAACGAUCAGCCUGUUUACUUUUUUUGCUUCUUGAAUGGUCUUGGAUUUAAAAAAAGGCCGACUUCCAGUGAACCUACACAUCAGUUUAUUCCCAACCACGACUCUCUGUAUAGUCUCCUGUCUGCCUCUCAUCCGUCUCUUGUAUAAAUAUUAUUGCUGACAUAAAGAAACCUCUUGUAGAGUAGAAACCUAUUUUCCUAGCUCCAAAUAAUAACAAUGAAUGUACUUAGAGCCUGCGUGGUUUGUAAUGUUGCGUAGGCUAUCCAUCCAGUACAUCUAUACUCAUGUUUGCUUCUUAUGUAUAGCCUUUUCACUUUUCUUUUUCCAGUUUUUUCCCUCUUAUUUAUAGGCUUUAAUUAUUGCAGAAAGUAUUGUUUUCUUUGAUAUUUUAUUGAUUUAGAUAUUGCCCACAUCACAGUUGAUAUCAAUAAUCUUUUCACUGACUAACAGACAAGUCUACAGUCGAGAUGUCUUUCUACUGUAGUUUUAGGAGACAAAACGUUUCACACUGUUGCAAAGAGUCUUCUCCAUUUUUUUUUUUUUUUGGCGUCAUGCUUGUGUGAGGUGCUGUAACAUACGAGCUGUGUUUGAGUGUGUGUGUGUGUGUGUGUGUUUGUAGAUAAAUGAUGGUUGCUUUGGUGUGUAAUCUUGUUUGAUUUUUUUGGCUUCUGCUUAAGCCCUCAGUCUGAUAUAUUCCUGUCCUGUAAAACCCUAAAAUCCUCCUCGGGUUCAGCUCACUAACUCAUUAGCGCAUUGCCACUUAAAAUCAAAGAAGGUUUUUGUCCGAGUGUUGCUUGUGUUCAGUACUUUUGGUGAUUGUAUUACUACAUGGCUGUUUUUCCAGAUUUUGUAAAGUUCAGUUUAGGAUUUACAUGGCACUCCGUUGGCUACAGCAAGCAUAAUCAUUUCCUCUUCGUAUUCCUAGUUAAACCUUUCUGAAGCAUAAGUUUGUCCUCGACAGUCGGUCUUUAUCAUGCCAAUGUCCACCUAGUUACCUGCAGUCUUGUGACACUGGUGCGGUGUCCACGAGGUCUCUGCUGUUAAAGUUCGCCUAUGUUAUUGUUUUUAGCUACAAUUAUGAGUUAUUGAGCACAAAUUCAAAUGGGGUACUGGCAAGAAUCAUUAUGCCUCAUGUCCACUGGAUGCAGCUACGUCACAUUUUGGUUGUCAUGUACGGUCUCGGUUUUAGAGUUCCUGGAGAUGUUUAAGAAUUUUCUUUAAGCAGUCCUUUAGCAGCUACAUUUCCCAUCCAACCCAUCCAGUAGUUGUGACAUUUACGAUCCCAACAGAAUGAAUACUAAUGACUUUGGUGAUCAUCUGCUGUUUCCUCCAGCGUGGCUGCAGGUUUUUGUUCCAAACAAGCAGGAGCACAACUGAUAACAACAAAUCAACUGUGUGAAGACGGUUCAGUUGAUUGGAUGGGUCGAGUCAGAUGUGCCGCUGCUCGGUCAGAACAAAAACCUGCAGCUGCAGCAGUAUGAGACCGCUGUGCAAGCGUCACCAGCAUGUCAAAUUUUUCAUUUAUCCAAGUUUUGUAAAAAAAAAAAAAAAAAAAAGUCAUUUUCCCAGAGGGUGAAUCCUAAUGAUUUUGUGAGCCUUCAGCUUUUAUGCUCAUGCUUCUAUCGGGUCAAAUUUGAUUUGGUUCAAUACUUUCGUUUAUGGCCAAAUGUAUUAUCCUAAUACUAUAUUAAGUGCUGUUUACCAAAUGAACACGCUAACAUAUUACACAGAUUGGUGAACGUUAUACAUGUUAAACAUAAGCAUGUUGGCAUUGUUAUUUUAAGUGUAUUAGAAUGCUAAUGUUAGCAUUUAGAUUGAAAUACUGCUGUUUUUAAAUUUAGCAGCUUGGCUGUAGUCUUUAAUUUUUUUUACAAACAUUCUGAAAACAUUUUUGCAGCUUAUACAGAGACACAAGUUGCAUUUGCAUGAAAAUAAACCCAACACUAAAAGUGGAAACAGACAACUUUUCCCCUCCUAGUGUUUCUCAAGGAGGGUGGAAGCAGGAGAGGUCACAGUCUCAAAUGACGUCACACAGUGGGGGUACAGCACAGGUCUGCAGUUUCCCAGUAAACACCCGGCAACUGCAGACCAGAUUUCACUGCGUACGUGCUGUACCCCCAUUGUGUGACAUCAUUUGAGACUGUGACUUAUCCUUCUUCCACCCCUCUUGCUGUUACUGUGGGUGCUGCCUGUCACAAAGACAACUGGUUUACUUUUUGUUUUCCUCUGAGCCAAGCAACUACCAACAACACAGGACUUCUUGUUUUCCAGUUACUUUAGUUGUUCCACUGUCUGCCAUUUGUGCUACGGGGGGGGGGGGGUAGUAAAACUAAAAAAACGUAAAUUGAGACCCUUUGGUAACUGAGGGUAACUCACAAUAGUGACUGGGGACAACAAAAGUGCUGUCUUCUUUUUGUUUUGGUGGCACAAUGGUUGACACAUUCUCUUUAUGCCCUAAAUGAGCCUUAUUUUUCCUGAGAGAUUUUUAGAAUUGCAUGUUAAAAGCGAGGCUUAUAGGGAUCCAAUCCAAACACCAAUGCUGUCAUUAAUCUAUACCCUUUACAUUGUGCAGUCAAAAUUUACUUCAUUUCAAUUAUCAAAUUGAACCACAAUGUUGUCUAUUUCCACUUCAAGGGAAAUCAGGUGAGAACGUGGACCACUAAUCUCUGGCAGCCGUGACGGAGCCAGUAUGUGUUGUAGCUGCAUCCGGAGGUAAUUUGGGGUAUGUCUCGGGGCUGUAGUAAAACUGACCUCGACUGAAUAGAGCUGUUACCAAGCUUCAGUAAAUCAAACCAAUGCCAUCCAGCUGAUCUUACAUGUAUCCAAUAAUGCAAGACUCAUGUGGGUAUUUUUGUAUCUUCAAAGCAUUUCUAGUCUUCAGAAUGACUUGGCUUUUUAUUUACCAACUUGGAAAAAAAAACUACCUCAGAGCAGUGUCAGGUGCUAGCUAAUCUUAGCCCUCAUUUACAAUAAUGGUAACAAAAUCAAAAAAAAUUGUUGUGACCAAACCAAUACAAGCCAAUAUCGUGUGAGAGCACUGUUCUUUCCUUUAACCUUAAUAAAUGGAAAACCAAGUAAUCAUGUAUGACUGGUUGGUUGCUUUAGUUGGUGACAUUUUAGGGGACCAAAAUUUUUGUAAUUGGGAGUCUCAUUGUGUCAUGCAAGUCCUUGAUUUUUCAAAAGAUGGCGAUGAAAACUACAAAGCACAACUAAGGUGACGUAAGCCGUAAUCAUGAGCAUUUAUCGACAAAUGUGCCAUCGUAAAGUAAUUGAAAUCACUAUGACGAUGUGAUACCGUUGGCCAUACUGAGGAAUGUUUGGUGGAGAAGGUUUGUUGGAAAGACGUAUGUACAGCAAUAAUGUCAGUGUGUGGCCUGUGAAUCGUUGGUAAUUAGUUUGUCUUUACGCAGGUCAAGGCAACGCUCGAUAAACGUGUUUAGUCUGCGGGACUAUACUUUGCAAAUGGGUAGAUUAGUUUGUCCAAACAUUUGGAACCAGCUUUUUCUGUUUGAGUUUUUCCAGAAUGUUUAAGGUUUCAAACCGGAUAGAGCCACUCCAUGUGAUCAAACGCCUACACUUCUCUGCCGUGUUAACCCAGUACUGCAAUAAAAUCAGGGUGGAUGUCCCUGUCUCCGACUCAGUUCAUUUUUCCUACGAUUAGUCAGACUCAACGCCAUUUUUGUUAUAAAAUGUAGUUUUUGCAUGCGACAAUUUACAAAGGGAAUAUACACAUUCGAACAUAAUUUACAAUGUAGCGGGACAUUGUAAUCGAAAGGUACAUACGAGGCUGUGCGGCAGUUUGUAAUUUAGUUUAAACUGAAAACAUCCAGAGUGUUUGUAGUCGUUUUUAUGUGUGCCUUUUGUCAGAUCUCUCUCUCUUCUCCAUAUGCCCCAACAUUGGGUUUGUGAGUCCUUUUCAACAGUAAAAGGUUUGACGAAAUCUGCUGCGCCACAUAAAAAAAAAUCCAUUUUUAAUUAUCAUGCAACCUUGCGUGUAGAUGCUGCAUAGAACGAUCAGUAUUUGUGUUUUGCACUUUCAAAGCAGUCUCAAAAAGAAAUCGCCCACGUGAGGUUGGGCGGAAAGUAAAAAGAAAUAACUGACGAGGUAUUUUAUGCUAUCAAUAGGAAUUAUAAGGAAUAAUAUGACUUUGAAGAGCUUUUCUAAAAAGGUUGAUAUAUCUAUAUAUAUUCAUGAAGUACCUCAUAAGCCUGAUAUAUGCUGCAUUGACUUUUUUUUCUGUAGUGUACUUCAUAUUGUCCAAUAAAAUUUUUAACUUUCCCCAUUGUUGGGAGGUUUGAAUGUCACUCCAGGCUGUGCACACGCCACGACCAGUAAAUCUGAUAGAGUUCUGUUGUAACAAAGGUUACAGCUCGUGGCCAAAUGAUUAUGUGUCAUUUAUGCAAUUUCUACGCAAUUCUCUGAAGUAUAUUUCUCACUUGUCACAUAUUAUUUCUGUACUCUGUCUUUUUUUUUUUUUGUUCUGCUUAUUCUCUGCGUCUGUGUAGCCAAAAAUAUCGGGUUUAGCUGGUGAAGAGUUGACGCGCACCACGCAUCCUGCAAGGCUCUGCGGUAUAACACGUCUGUUGACUCAGGUAUUGUUGUGAAAGGGCUGUAUCUGCUUACUGUGUCCCAAAUCCCCCCCUCCCCCUUUUCCUCCUGCACCUUUGUCUUAAAAUAGCCUUAGAUCUACAUGUGAGGUUCCUAUUUGGCCUUAAUAGUUGAACAAAUUAUGCACUACAAUUUCACAGACUUGACAGAGAGCUCGAUUCCCGUUCGUUUCUUGAAGAGUUUGCGCAUCAUCGCCGUGUUAUCUACCUCCUAUGAAUGUAGGGGCUGUCCUGGAGUUGUAGUCGACUACAAAACGUAUAAUUUUCUCGCUCAUUUAAAAAGGACAACAGACAAUCAUCUGUAGUUUCUUGAAAAAUAAAUAUAUUCCCCCCCUGUUCAUUCAUAUAUAGAUUCCAGGACACUCCAUUUUUCUUGUAUUUUUUUCCCCUCAUUGGCCAUUUUCAUUUGUGCUUUUUGUCUCAUUGUAAGCCAUGACGAAGAAGCAAAGUGACCAAAGUCUUUUGGCAAAGGCGGGCCCUGCACAGCCACGUGAAUUCAAACCUCCCUUCAUUAUGUGUCAUUUUGAGCUCAGUUUUUGAGUUGUUGUUUAUUUCUCUUUUCUCUCUUCUCCCUUAUUUAAACCACGACAUGCCAAAACUGAAUUUGCUGUCAUUCCUGUUCUGGUGAGGGUCUUUAUGUUGCUGAUUUUUAAUUUGUUCACAUCCACUGCUAAGCUCCUCAUUUCUUGUUGUUGUAAAAGGUGUAAGCUUUGAUUUCUAUUUUACAUUUCCUUAUUUUUUUGUUAACAAUUAUGCUUACAGAACACAAGAUAUGCUGUAAACCCUGUUAGGACAUAAUGUGAAUACGUAUCACUUAAUAUAGUUCACUCUUUGGCUUGACUGUAAGUUGCGUUAAUUAAUAAAAAUGUUUCAAAAGUU